CGCCGCCGCCGCCGCCGCCGCCGCCGCCGCUCCCCGGUGAGGCUCGCGCUCGAGCUGCGGCGCCGGCCCCGCCGCCUGGGCCCCGGGCCCGGCCCCUCCCGCGCCGCCCGGGCGAUGAGAAGCUGCUUCUGCGUGAGACGGAGCCGGGACCCACCGCCGCCGCAGCCGCCGCCGCCCCAGCGGGGAACAGACCAGUCCACCAUGCCUGAAGUCAAAGACCUUUCAGAAGCUUUGCCAGAGACGUCGAUGGAUCCCAUCACGGGAGUGGGAGUGGUGGCUUCUCGGAACCGAGCCCCAACAGGCUAUGAUGUAGUUGCACAGACAGCAGAUGGUGUGGAUGCUGACCUCUGGAAAGAUGGCUUAUUUAAAUCCAAGGUUACCAGAUACCUGUGUUUCACGAGAUCAUUUUCCAAAGAAAAUAGUCAUUUAGGGAACGUGUUAGUGGAUAUGAAGCUCAUUGACAUCAAGGACACUCUGCCUGUGGGCUUCAUCCCGAUUCAGGAGACGGUGGACACACAGGAAGUGGCUUUUAGAAAAAAGAGGCUGUGCAUUAAAUUUAUCCCACGGGAUUCAACUGAAGCUGCGAUUUGUGACAUUCGGAUCAUGGGCCGGACGAAGCAGGCCCCCCCUCAGUACACGUUUAUUGGGGAACUGAACAGCAUGGGGAUCUGGUAUCGAAUGGGCAAAGUCCCCAGGAAUCAUGACUCAUCUCAACCCACAACGCCUUCCCAGUCAUCCGCUGCUUCCACCCCGGCCCCCAACCUUCCCAGGCACAUCUCUCUAACGCUCCCUGCUACCUUCCGAGGCAGGAACAGCACUCGGGCUGACUAUGAGUACCAGCACUCCAAUCUGUAUGCCAUAUCAGCAAUGGAUGGUGUGCCUUUUAUGAUCUCAGAGAAGUUUUCUUGUGUUCCAGAAAGUAUGCAGCCCUUUGAUCUCUUGGGAAUCACCAUCAAAUCUCUGGCAGAAAUUGAAAAAGAGGAGCCUGAUGCUUGUGGAACCAAGGCUUGAAGGAGGGACUCUGAUGACCUCAGAACUCGGAAUUCUACCCGGGCCUGUCAGACAUCUCCCAGCCCCUCACUUGGAGGAAGGGAGCACAGAAGAGCAAGAAAGACGCAGGUUCCGGAGACAAUGCAGAGGUGCGGGAAUCCGUUCACUCCUAAGGAGCCGCUUAGAGAAAUAAUUCCACCUUCACCGCCACCCCCUACCCCUGCAGGGGCACGUUCGGACAGGUGUCUGGAUCUCUGCGGUGUAAGUCCCCGUUGGUCCUGGAGCUGGGGGAAGUCUGGGAAGGAAUCGGAGAAUCCCGAUGGGUAGAAUGAGACACCGAAGCCACGGAGACGUGCCAUUUUUCUUAAGCUGUGUGGCUUGCCUCCCCCAAGGCGGUCCCUCAGCAUUUUUCAGAUGAAGGAGCCCACACCCUUCCACGGGAGCCACGCCAAGAAGGUCCUGGGACAGCGGGCCCCAUAUGCCGCUCAUUUUCCUCCCCCGCUGGGCAGGGCUGACUCGUUCCAUUUCUCAGACGGAGAUCUUUGCGAAAAUGAUGGAUAAGCCACGGCCCCAACUGCUGUGGCCCUGGGGAGAAAAAACAUCUUUUGCAGUUUCGAGUAAAGCCUCCCACUUCUCACUUAAUAAGUGCUGAAAGCGGCACAAACAGAAAGAGCCCCAGCUUUCCAUGACUAACAAGAUGACCACAUCAGGCGGCCGCGCUGGGGGAUAAGAGCGAGCCGGCCGAGCGUCCCCGGAGUGAGGAGUCCGGUUCCCUCCCAGGAUGCUCCGCCAACAGGGCUUUGAAGGCCAGGCCUGCCGGCCGAGCUCCGGCGCUCCGACGAGCGGAGGGGGGCAAGGGCCGGGCCUCCCUCCUGCACGAUGGGCACAGAUUGCCCGAGAUAAAGGAACCACAGCUUCAUCCAACUUGUGCUGAUUCGCUCUUUUCAAAAGCCCUUUCAGAUGGUUUCACUUCUCUGCGCGCUUUGUUGAAAGAUGUAAAAAUUUCAAACCACCACAAAGUAAACAUUUCAAAACUCGCUCUUUUCAAAAUCAGUCACAUUUUCAAAAAUCCCUUGAAUUCCAUCUCUCUGCACCGCCCCCCCCCUUUUGCUCUCUUUGGAUUUGAGUGUUUUUCAUUAAUUUAGGAGCAGUCCAGGUAAAGCUGGUGUUUGCGAGCCGUGUUUUACGGGCGGGAAGUAGCUUUGUUAUUUAAGAGAUGUAUUAGAUAAGUCGGUGUCUUGUCAAAAUCAAGCAGGUUUUCUUUAUUAGGGUGAAAUCGUAAUGAACUCAUCUGCUUCUAAUAUUUAUAAAGAGAAGAGAGGCCA